AUGACAACUCUGCAGCGCCUUUCUCCAGGAACGAGUCAAAAUGAUAUCGUCCUGCUCAAGCAUCGAAACAAUCCGAGUGCGCCAAUAGUCACUGGCAAGCUACGCUCCGGACGGAAAACUACUCUAUCUGCUACUUCAAACUGGCGAGACGCGAUUGAGAAUGAUCAAAUCAUUGGAAAGGAACUGCGGGAGGUAGUCACUUCCAGGAAGGGGGUGCAUUAUCGAAUCCUUGAACCUACUCUCGCAGAAUACACAGAUUGCUCGCCUCGAAUAGUUACGCCGAUCUACUCUCAAGAUGCGAAUCUAAUCGUCUCUCUCCUCGACUUACAUCCCAGUCCACCCCUGCCGAAUGACACAAAUGAAGACCGAUUGGAGAUUUUCGAAGCUGGAACGGGCCAUGGAGCUUUGACUCUACAUCUUGCGAGAGCAAUCCAUGCUGAAAACUCCCCAGCUCCAGUACCAGAAUCGAUCGAACCAGGUGAAGACAACGCCGUUCAGAUUGAUCGGAAUUUGGCAGUUGACAAAGCAUGGCGAGAAGCUCGAAGAGCAGUGAUACACACUCUUGACAUCAAUGCUACCCACUCAAAGCAUGCUGCACAGGUUGUAAAGAAUUUCCGAAACGGACUCUACUUCCUAAAUGUGGAUUUCCACACUGGUACGAUCGAAGAUUAUCUCUCUGGGAGAUUAGCGGAAUCUGAAGACCCUUUUUUGGACCAUGCAAUCCUAGAUCUCCCAGCGACGCACAAGUACUUCGAAGUCGUGAGCAAAGCAAUGAAGGCAAAUGGGACUUUGAUAGGCUUCUGCCCAAGUAUUACACAGAUCAACGCUUGUGUUUUGCUUACGAAGCAAAAGAACUUGCCUUUCUUUUUGGAGAAAGUCAUUGAGAUUGGUGGUGCCGUUGGUGGAAGAGAAUGGGAUGUCCGCUUAGUGACCCCAAGAGCUGCAAAGAACGAGUUGGGAGAGAAGCAAAACCCAGUUGUUGAUGAUGCAGAAGGCCUCAAGGUAUCAGAGACACCUAACGAUGGGGGAGAAAUGGUUUGUAGACCAAAGGUUGGGGGCAGAGUCUCGGGAGGAGGAUUCGUGGGUUUAUGGCGUAGAAUUACUCCCUUCUCACAAUAG